AUGGGUUUCGUACAGAGAGUUCUCAAGCGGGCGCCUGCUUCGCCGCCCCUACCUUCGAUCGACGCGGGCAAGAGCAAAGUGAAGACAAAUUCCAGACUGGCGUUCUUUCGGCGGCCGCUGCGAUUAAAGGGCAAUUCUAGCAUUUCAAUACCCCUUGGCGUUGUUCUCCUGUUUCCUUGCAUCGUUGUUGUAUUGAUAUUGGUGCUGUUUGUCCGACACCCUAAAUCAGGGGUUGGCAUCUUAAUGCCUGCUGGAGCACCACCAGCUAUCAGGAAAAUCAGCGAACAGCAUGAUAAAGUCUUCGUGACAGGAUGUCUAGAGCCCGAUACUUCGAAACCGAGAGCGAAUGCGGCGUUUGUGGUGUUGGCAAGAAAUAAGGAGUUGGAGGGUGUCAUUCAGUCGGUCAAGUCCAUCGAGAGACAUUUUAACAGAUGGUACCAUUACCCAUACGUAUUCUUGAACGAUGCAGAAUUCAACUCGACAUUCAAGGAGACGAUCCAGAACUACACCAGUGGUAAGGUUGAGUUUGGCACUAUCGACCCUAAGAACUGGGGCUUCCCGGACUGGAUCGACCCCAAAGUUGCUAAGGAGGGCAUUGCUAAACAAGGAGACGCUGCUAUAAUGUACGGCGGAAUGGAGAGUUAUCACGCCAUGUGCAGAUUUUAUUCUGGAUUCUUCUACAAGCAUGAACUUUUGGCGAAGUACGAAUGGUAUUGGCGACUGGAGCCAGAGAUCAAGUAUUUUUGUGACAUUACGUACGAUCCUUUCCUGAAGAUGAUUGAGGCGAACAAAACAUAUGGCUUCACAAUCGCGGUCAAAGAAUUGAAGGAGACUGUGCCCAAUAUCUUCAGAUACGCAUCUGCAUACAAGAGAAUGAACAAUAUCACUUCCCAGGGUCUGUGGGAGAUGUUCGUCGAGCCGCAACCGGAAGAGCCCAAGGAUGUCCCUCAGGAGGAAACCAAGCACGCACUCCCGGAGGAGAUUCUUCGUGGAGAUCCAUCCCGCGCAUCCUUGCCAGAUAUCGAUCCGGAAAACAUGGAGGGGGAAAAGUACAACAUGUGCCAUUUCUGGUCGAAUUUCGAAAUUGCUAGACUCAGUUGGUUCAGGAGUAAGGAAUACGAGGACUUUUUCCAGAUGAUGGAUCGCAGUGGAGGGUUUUGGAUGGAGAGGUGGGGUGAUGCACCAAUUCAUUCUCUCGCAGCCGGAGCACUCCUUGCUCCUCGCGAUAUCCACUACUUCCGUGAUUUCGGAUACAGACAUACUACCAUCCAGCAUUGCCCGGCGAAUGCUCCGACGAGGCAGAUGCCUCGAUCGCCUUUCCUAGAGACGACCACUGAGGACGAAAAGAAACGGCGAGAGGAAGACGAGUAUUGGGACUCAUGGGAUGCACCCAAGGAGAAUGGUGUAGGAUGCAGAUGUAGAUGUGACACGGAUAUCGUGGACGUCGAAGGAAAGCAAGGUUCAUGCUUAGCUGAGUGGGUUGACGUUGCUGGUGGCUGGGCAAGCCCUUGA